AUGGACGCCUACAAUCCGACGCGCUGCGCGCGCGCGACGCCCAUGACGCUGCUGCGCACGUCUUUGUUGCUCGCGUGCCUCGCGUCGUCGUCGUCGAAGGCACACGCGCUGAAAUUGGACGUGUUCCGAGUCGGGCGCCCGUUGAUGCCGCUGGACACGCUGUCGAGCUACUCCUUCGACGCGAGCACCUUCGAACGCUUCGCCACGGCCGACGCGCCGGUCAUCGUGGGCCUCGAGCACGGCUCGGCCAACGGCGUCGGCGUGCUCGCCGUCGUCGACGCGUCGCGCGCGUCCGCCGCCGGCGCCGUCGUCCGCGCGCCGGUGACGGCGUUCGCCCGGUACCGCCGCGACGGCUCGGGCUGGGGCGAGAGCGACGUGCGGCCCUGGCGCGACCUCGACUGCGACCCGGACAGCGAGGCCUGCGACGUCGACCUCUACGGCGAGGCCGAGGCCCACGACGCGUGGCUCUCGCGCGAGCUCUCCUCCCGGUCGUCGCGGCGCCGCGCGCCGUCGCGGGCGCUCGCCGCGCUCUACGACGACGCCGCCUCGAAGGUGCGCCGCUUCAGCGCCUACAACGGCCCGCGCGGCGACCUCGAGGCCGCCUUCCUCCGCGUCGACGGCCUCGCGGCGUUCGCGGCGUCGCGCCGCGAGUGCUACUCGUUCGCGCUCACGCGGCAGCGCGAGCUCGCGCCCCGCGAGGUCCUCGCCCAGCUCCACUCGCGGUCCACGGCGGCGCGCCUCGCGGCCUCCGUCGAGGCCGCGGAGAGCGCCGCGGAGAGCACCGCGGGGGACGUCGUAACGAGCAGAUAG